AUGACCCGCCUUCUUGAUCUUCCUCCGGAGACCUUGAUUAACACCCUGAAGUUCCUGGCUGAGGUCGACUUCUCGUGCUUGAUCCGGGCGCAGUUGACCUGUCAAGCUUUCCAAAGCAUCAUUCGAAAUAUCGUGUUUGGCAGAGGGGCGGCAUCUGGGAGUCCUUCAGUCCACAGUCUACUGCGGAGCAAGUUUCGCGGACUGUUCGACUCGAAAGACUGGAAAGGCUUGACCUCCCCCUAUGAUGGUGAUCCCCGCACGCGUUUCCGCCAGUUGCCGUGGGCUGCGACAGACUCUACACGCGCUCCGUGGCUUCGGCCUGACGCGAGCUGGCGACAACUGAGCGUCACGGCUCUUCGGCUACCAAUCACCCACCUCGACCUACUGAAAGCAUCCUCCUCCUGGGGUCGCACAUCGUUGCACUAUGCUCAAGUUGAACUUCCACCUCAAGGUCUGACAAUGGGGCUGUUCUACGACCUUUUGCUCUCGGGGGCGUCGUGCGGUGGCGAUAUAUCGUCUUGGCAGCUCGUGCUCGGCAAGAAGCUGGAGAGCUACGAUGAAUGGCAGCGGAUGAAUAAUCGCGGUCUCUACGGUCCUUCAGACAACCAAUUACGAUCGCUUUUCGUCGAGGACGGUAGUUCGAAGCAGUCUGCUAUAUUCUUUACGUCGAGUUCUUCUGGAUGUGUUCUCCCGAGCUGGUCUCUCGAAGAGCUUGAGGCUCAGGCCCAGCUGUGGCAACCUCGAAUCAUUGGUGACCACCCACCGAAGUGUCUGCCCUGGCAGGGGACGUCGCUGAAGCCAGACACUACCUACGCUGAUCAGGUAUAUGUGGCUGCGAUGAAUCCUCUUCCAGAUGAGGAGGAUGACCUCUAG